GAAUUCUUUAUUUGAUCUAGUUUCAGAUUAAUAAAUGAAGCAUAUUGUGAAGAUUUUGGCAUUGGUAGUAGCCAUUACAGUGUUAUGGAUUGGUCUUUUACAAACUUCGGUGAUUUCACAUAGCUACACUUGGCUGCUACCUAUAUAUUUUGUUGUGUCUUUAGGAUGUUACGGUCUAUUAAUGGUUGGAGUUGGUCUGAUGAAUUUCCCAACCUGUCCCCAAGAAGCUCUGUUGUUGCAGAAGGACAUUGUUGAGGCCAAGGAAUAUUUGAAACAAAAAGGAGUUGAUCUUACUCUCGACUGAUGUGGUUGAUGCGGUUUCAGAUCUAACGAGAUGUUCUGAAUAGGCUGCUGACAAAUACCCGAUUCAGAGUUGUGAAAGAUUUUUCAUUUAACUUCAUACACAACAAAUUACUAAUGUGGAAACCGCCUUCGAUUUUGGCAAAUGUACAUGAACUCUUUAUACAAUCAAUGGAUAGCUUUUUUUCUGUCAGUAUUCUUUUAUUUUAAUUUUGAUUGCAAAUUU